CCCAACUGGAAGAAGUUGAUGGCCAGGGGAACUUCUUUAGUUUGAGCACUACGUGUUUAUUGCCUGAAACUUGAUCAUUACCUCGGAGAUCCCUUAAUUAUUGGUUUGUUUAGAUUCUUAAUUUCAUCAUGAAAGAAGUCUGUGAUGCGUAUUUUGUUCUGACAGAUUUUCCUACCGUCAUCAAGAAAUGAGUACUCUACAUUCUUAAAGAACUUAAGAAAAGCUACUACAACAAACAGUAACUUUCACCCGACAACAUUGAUUCUAUGCUACAAGACCACGUAGUGACCACUCUAAUAUAACAGCAUUCUAUAGUACCUUUAUUUUAAAAUUAUCUUCUUUACCACCUACAAGAUAGAAAUAUGGCAGCAAGAACCUUGCUUUCUCUUUCGUUAUUUGUGGCCGCUCUCGUCGGACCGGUGGCUGCCCAAGCCGCAUCGUAUCAGACGAUUCUAGGUGGCUUCUACUCGGACCCGAAUCACUACAAACCCGGAUCUCUAGAGGGCAUCCGAUUGCUCGGCUUUCCAAAUGCGGGUGAAGAUUAUGAAAAUUUGGGUUUGAAGCUUGAGGUCCUUGUGGACAAGGCAUAUCCUUCCAUCACUGUUCUAAUUUCUCUUCGCCUUCACGGGAACCGAUGAUGGCCAAACGUUUUGGCGAGUCGGCGGGAAGGUCCUAGACGCAUCGGGCUUCCCCAAUGGGCCAGUGUUAAGGCUCCGCCUAAUCCAUCUUCUGAAGCAUGCUAGAAGGCCUUUCCAAGGGGAAAAAGGGUCUAGAGUGGACCUUGGUUGAAAAAUUUAACCUCUACAAUUUUUCUCCUUGAGCAUUGCUAUAUAAAAAUGAAAUGCUUCAACCUCAUCUAACACUGAAAUUGACGGCCAACUUUGCGGAAAAAGGAGGUCCGCCAGACUUUGUAGGCACCUACCUCCCACAAAACGGUGGAGCCAUUGUGUGGCAGGAUAACAAUAAGUGGGUGCAGCAGAAGGAAGCGAUGUUGAAUUUUGGUAUUCUGUUGGUUCUCUGUAGUAAUCUAUUACGAAGAGAUUUGUUGUAUCUUGUUGCUGUAUCUUGUUGUAAAUUAAGUAUAAUGCACGACAGGAGUAUUGAUACAAAAACCUACUUCUUCUGGAUUCCUCCAUGUUGAUGUGGAGUACUAGUCGUGUGUGUACUGGACAAAUAAGAUUGCUACCUCCUUCACUUGAGCGAAAACCCUACUUCACUUCAGCUACGCAACCGGCAGCAGACAGGUUUUCACAGGGCAUGGUGUCUGGCUUUAUCCUAGCAUGCUUCGUCGGUGGCUUACUCUUUUGGCGCAUGAAAUCUGGUGGGCCGCGAUCAGGCCUGGAUUAAGGGGGUUACACACGUAUAGGGAAGGACAAGGACCACAUCUUUUACUUCACACAGGCCGAAGAACAUUUGAGAAUAUUGGAUCUUCACACAGAACAAAGAACAUGGGGGGCACAUUUGAUUUUUUUACAGAUGAAAUAAGGAGGUUACGCAUAACACGAAGAUCCACGCAGACAUAAGCCACCAUUCUUUUAAAGAUGGUUUUAUGGCAAGUCUUUGCCCGUCUUUGGUGGGGCAAGGAAGAAUGAAACGAAGUAAGUAUAUGUUGUCAUAUUAUUUCUUGAACUACAAACAAGCAACUACUCGGCGCAACCCGUGGGGCCGUCGUUCAUGGAUCGAUGUGGACGAAAAAAACACAAUUCGGAAAACAUGAUAAGAUUUACAGAUAUGUUGACUUCUUCAUAAAGGUGAAGUAGCUUACAUCAGGUGGC